AUGCAGAAGGGGAAAGCUGCUGCUUCCCCGCCUGCUAUGAUUCUUCAAACCAGGGCACCACAGCAGUAUCCUUGUUGUAAUAUCUUUGAAGACUUUCGUGAGAUCUGUUAAUUGUAACUGAAAGUGAACUAGAUUUGAUCCAUCUAAAUUGUAUGUGAGUCUUUGUGUUGUACAUUUCCCGAACAAGUUUGUGGGUUAUAUUCUUUGACUCUUUGAUCUUAGAAAUGCUCGUGGACCGCCGCCUUCACAACAAAGUAAGUGUUGAUUCUCUCCUGUUUCUUAAUUUUGAAAAACAGAUCUAGACAUGGAGUUGAACGCGAUCGGGGAAAACUGCUGACGCUUGUACGAAAAAAACAUGGGUUUCCGUGAAUUAAUUUCAAAACGCCAUUAAUUUUUUUUCUUUUUUGCCUUUAGGAUCAGACGAUUUUAAUCCAAGACAAGCACAGCCUUACCAGGUAAAAUCACUGUUUAAGUUCUCUCGAACUGCGCGUUGUUUAUGUCGAGUCGUCGAAGGCUUGAUUUGAUGCUGGUGUUCUCGUGUCUCGUGGAAUUCUGUGACUUCUUGUUGCGUAACAAACUCUCCCUUCGUCGUGAUGAAUGAAUUUCUAUUUACAGAUGUUUUGUUUCGUUUCCAAGGACUGCAAAUUUUGCUAUAAAGCGUACUGGUAAGCUCAAGUGUACGAUAUACGCGAUACUCUCAGAAAGCUAACUAAACUUCUCGCUCAGUUGAUUGUUUUAGGAAAUAUGAACGUUUGUGCUACUUCCGCUAAAGUAGUAGCCUUUGUUUUCCGUAGAAAGAUCAUCUAGGAUAUUUGUACAUUGUGUAGAUGAACGGAUAAUAAAAGAUAUUGCGGGGAAAUGGGACUUUGCAAUAGUAUCUGUUUUUAGUCUUGAUUGCUGGUUUCAACGCUGUUCAAAUUCGCUUCGUGCUAGUUUUUUUAAAUGAUCGUUUUCUUAGAAUCAACGAGAUCAGAGUUCUUGCUCUUCACAGUCUUCACAGGGAACUGAUUUUGGCGCUAAAUACAGCCCUGUUUGUCAAACAAAGUUGUCUUUUUUCGUGCAGUUUUGUGCUUUGCUCUGUCCCCUCAAUUAUUUUUCAAUCCUUUUCACGUGGUAAUUGAACGAACUGUUGAAUUUUCUCAAUCGACUGGUUUGUAGCAAACGGGGGUGGGGCGAUAUACUGGUGGUAGAAUAGAUAAAAAGAUCAGGGUUUAUUUUCAGUGGAGAGGGAAGUACUUUUGUGAAAGUGAAACUGCCGAAACUGUUACUUUGAAGUGUUAUUGGGAAUCCCUUUUCGGGAUUUCUAAAUAAGCUUACAUAGCAAUUUGCUUUCACUUUCGAUCAACCAUUUCAUGUUUGUCAUCAUAUUAUUAAUCAACAUAUUGUACAUGUAUAUGCCUUGAACAAAGAGCAAAGUAUUUUUGCAUACAGCUACAGACAAAGAUAAAUUCAAAUCGAUCGCUUUUGCUUUUAAUGUUUUUAUUCGCUCUCUUUCACAAGGGGCUUGGAACUUUGACGUGAAGGUUAGCUAGGUUAUCUUUUCAUUAAUUAGUUAGCCAUUACACUCACCUUCAGCUAGACAGAGGAAAAAAACAUGUUUUCCCAAAGUAAAUAAGAUGUAAGAAGUAAGAAGAUGUGAUUUGUUGUACCUCAAAAAUGGAUCAGCCAACAGUAUUUACUAGAUGUGGGGAGUGUUGUAACUUUGUAUUCUUUCCUUCUAUUACAUUGUUAAAUUAGCCUUUCCCCCCAAAUUUCUCAUAGCCAAGUUUUCUUUGCGUUGUUGUUGUAAAGCAAUUUUUCAUUUAGAGUUCUUGUUAGCAAAAAAAUAUCAGCAAAGAAAACUAAGCAAGGUACACUUUCUUACUCUUACCAUCUCUCCUUGCUCCUCAUCGCUAGCUAGGGAUGUUUCGCCAGGAGGUGUGUCUGGGCGGCAAGGAGCGAGGAAAGCAGGCUGUGUUUUCAGGCAGGGAUUUCAAUAAAAAUUGAAGUCGCCAGCAGGUUUGAAUAGAGUGGGUAACCGACUGAGCCGUUGGUCCCCUUUCUCUGGGGGGGGGGGGGGGGGGGGGGGGUUUUUUCCCUAAAAAAUUUUAAAAUUUCAAAACCCCAAAAAUCCUUUUAGGGGGGUGAUUUGAGGGCAAGGAACGGAAAAGCCAACCGCUGAACCCCAAAAACAUCCCCAACUUGCAGUCCCGCUUUUACAUGGAAAAAAUGCUCUCUCGUGGCGAGGUGGGGUGUUUCGCGGGGGGGGGUGGUGGGGGGGGGAGGGGGGAACAAAAGGGUGUUUUUUUUUGGGGGGGGUUUUUAAAAAAAAAAGGAGACCCGGAGAGUUUUGAAAGGGGGGGGGAACCCGCGGGGGGGUGUGCCCCCUUUUCUGGGGGGGGGGGGGGGGUCUGGGUGCAUUAUGCCCUAGAAAAUUUUGAAAUUUCAAAGCCCUAAAAUGCAUUCUAGGGGCUAGAUUUGAGGACAGAAGAGCAUGUUUUUCAUUCAAUUUAUCGGUCACACAAUCAAUUCCUACAAGCAAUAAACAAAUGAUGAAAACUGAAUCAUGUACUUUUGCAUGUAAACAAAUUCUCAGUAAACCUGUAAAGAAACUUGUGAAAAAAUGACUGAAAUAAAGCAUUCACAUGAAGGCAUUGUGCAAAACCAGUGGGCCUUUAUGUAAACACAUCAUAAUAGACCUUAUCACAGUUUUCGACACCAUCUUGAUGAGUAGGCAAAGGAGUGAGAAAUUACAGUGCUUGUAUGAGAAUCUAAUGACAAAUUAUUUCCAUAAAACGGCUGUUCAGAAAAAAAUAUGACUUGUGAACUAAAGCUAAAAUUAAGGAUUGUACAAAAAAAAUGGGGGGACAUAACUGUGCUUAAAUUUCUCCAGAGGCUUGCUUUAGAUUAUCCAUAUAUUUGUCUGUAAUUUUUCCUGCGACUUUCUUACCGGCAAAUGUAUAGAAAAUUCAAAAAACUGGUUUUAGGUCUUUUAGGGCAUAUAACGUCCUGAAUUUUUUUCAGUAGAAUCCUUAGGAGUGAAGCUUAAGUUUACAAUUCGUGUUUUUUUCAGAACAGUUGUUGUACAGAAAUUAUUCGACAUUAGAUUCUCAUGCAAACACUGUAAUUUUUCACGCGUUUGCCUACUUGUCAAGAUGGCGUCAAAAACUGUAACAAGGUCUGUUACGUUUUCAUUCAGAUUUUAUGAUAUAUUUUUUGUCUACUACGUUAUUCAAACUAGUUGCCUCUUCUUUCUAGAAAAAGUAGCGGACCUCUAUGAGUAAAGUAGUUGACGCGUUUCGUCGGCCUUCUGUGUUUAUUGAAACCCCUGUUCAGGCUAGUUGUAGGGUUAAAGAUGACGAGAAGCACUUCAAUGGCCAUUGAGGUCACCUGUUGUGGGACCCGAGGCAUGUCACAGGGUGUUUUAAGUUGGGCAUGAGCUUUCUGCUGUUCAGCCUAAGAGUCGAGCAUUUAAAGACAUCAGUAAGGCAUUAUAAUUUUCUUGAGAACUGUGAAAGUCAGUAAGCUAAUGUGUGUGAUUCACUCAAGAGGUCUUAUGAGAGGUACACACCAGGGGCUGUCAUUAAGUACAUUAACAUGUAGCACCUGUUAUAGAUGAGCUCAAUUGAUGUUACAGGAGAUUAAGGGUGAGUUCAAUUGACCAUAUUCUGGAAUUAGAAUAUACAGAAUAAACUCUAAAAAUCACUUAUAUUUUGACUUCCAUUGCAUGUAAAGUCCAGAUACCAGGUAGACAUUAAAAUAAUAAAGAUAGUUGAAGCAUUUCAGUGGUCAAAACAUUUGUGGUUGAAGAGAUUUCUCCCAAAUUUCUGGGUAUUUGUAUUCUGGAAUAUGAUCAAUUAAAUGCCCCCCCCUCCUUAAACAGUUAGCUAAGGGCCUCCACAGACUAGACAUUUAGUUCUCAACAACUACGCUUACUUUUAAGUCGUCGACAACGCAAUUUUUCUGAGUUAAAACUGAAAAUUAAGCCAGUGUUUGCGAGUUUUGGGGAUGUUCACCUCAACUACAACAACACGCUUUCCAACAACACUUUUUUACGGCCAUUCACCUAUGUGAACAAAAGCAAAAAAGGUCACCAUAUCGCGUAAUACACGAGCCUGAAUAUUUUGUGAAUUAACUGCCAAAUCUGAUAAGAUUAAGCCCUUGUUUAUCAAACUAAUUGUGAUAAAGAGCUAUUACAGUUUUAUUAACAGAUUUGGGAGCUUUCCUUGGAGAAUAAAUGUGAAACAAGUGUAAGAUUGCAGUGUAGAAAUGACUGUAAACAAACCGCCAUCUUGGGUCAAGCACUUGCUCAAAAGUUUGCCUGGUUACCAAGCAUAAACAUUCAGUUCAAAAUAAUUGAUGCUAGAUGAUUUGUUUUGAAUGAAAAAUGAUUCGUUCGUUGUUUAAUACCAGCUUUAGAAGAUGUAGAAGUCAUUAAUAACCACUUAUAAAGAAGAGGAUGAGCAGCUAGAGCUUUUACAGUCAAAAACUUGACUCAAUUUUGUUUCGUUGCCCGAGGAUACUUGGUUACAAGACUCACCCCAAAAUUACAACAGAUUUAAAGCUAUCAACCAAACUUUCAUUGAAAAAAUGCUGCGCCUUAUAAGCAAAAAACUACGGAAUACUAGUGUGUGGAGAUUUAUAGUUUACUUUUCGACAACUAUGGUAAUUGAUUGUAUCUUCGUUGUUAGUGGUCAGUGUUCUUUUCUGCAAACAUAAAUGGUUCGAGGUAGGUGGUGAAUAAAUUACACAAAAAAGAUUAUUUUCUUUGAAGUAUCAACACAGCACUGGAAGCUCAUGCUGAUGAUAAUCUUGCCAUUAUUGGCACAUCUUGUUGUGAAAAGCAAGUUUUUGUGAAAAAACUCACUUUAACAAGUAUUUAUUCCCCAUGCCCUCUUUUUUGAUCAUAGUUUUCCCUUUGGCUUGUUUCCCUUUAUUCCCGCUCCUGACCCUUUACAUCCUUGCGAGGUUUUUUUGCAGUAGCUUAUUUCUAGUAUGUAGGUAAUAUCUUCCCUUUCUCAAGUUUGAAAAUCGACUCUUUUGACUACCAGUGUUUCUCCUGGACGCUGCCAUUUUGAUUUACAUUCAUUACAACCAUGCACAAUGAAUCUUAGUUUCCAAGUUCUUGGCAGACAUUAUUUGUUAUCAACAUGUUAUCAACAACUACAAUACUCCAGGACAUAGUCAGCCAUCAAUGACUUUUACUUAAUCAUAAAGGGUACCGGUAGUUGUGAACAACUUAACAACUCAAAGGCAUAAAAGUUUUAAGAGGGUAAAUUUUAAUCCUAUGCCUCCUUCAUAGAAUAAUGACAUGCUAGGGAAACACUUUUUUGGUACCGUGCCCUGAAGUCAUGGAGAUCACAAAUUUUUGGAAACAUGUGGAAAACAAUAAAAAAUUGUACAAUUUCGAAUGUGUUAACCCAUUCACUCCUGGAAAUUUUGCUGAAAAUGCGUUUUCAUGCUAUUUGAGAGGUUUUCUGGUCACUGUCUGGCUGUAAAGAGUUGAAAGUUAUACAAUUCGUAGCCCUCUGAUCCAGAUGCGAAAUGUUAAGUUCGGGCGUGCACAGAGAGCAAAAAUUUGAAGAUAGGAUUUAAAAAUGAUACAGCAGUAUUGACAUUUUCUUUUCACCUUUUCUCCUCCCCUCUUUUUUCACUUUUCUUGUCUCAUUUAGUAGGCAUUUACUAGGCUUCAUUUUGGUGGGAAAAGUUUUGGGGAAAAUUUUUAGGAUCUCAGGGUUAGAUGAAAGGAAAGGUAAAUGGGUAGUACGACAAGAUUUUCAUGGAAAUUUUCUAGUCAACAUUACACGGUUUAUUGCCUUUUCCUCUUUGACUGACUUGUGCUUUGUCACCCUGCACAAGUUAGAUGACAAAGUUGUCCUUGACAAUUAAAGCUGAUGACUUCACAGGUAGUAGAACAGACGUGGAUCUGCACAGGCGGUUAUGGGUGGUUCAGGGGUGAAGGAGUUACAGAAGUACACGCGAAGUAGCUAGAGUGAUAGCCUGAGAAAACAGCCAACAUUUUGUGACUCCACUACUGUUUUUCCCCACAAAAUGAUGCCUGAGAAACAAGUGCAGAAAUUCCAUACUAAUGAAGCAUCAGUGCCUAGAUCUGGGUAGUGCUUUUGAUUAGUCUUGGCAGGUGGGAAAUGUGCUUCCAUCAAUCAGAAGUGCUACCCUAAUAUGGGUAGUGACAUGUCAUCAGUAUGGAUUGUCAGACAUCAUUUGGUAGGGAAACUAGUGGUAGUGUUGCAAAAUGUCAGCUGCAUUCUCAGGUUACUAGAGAAAUAACUUUGCUUAUAGGUUACACAAGGUAUGGAUGGCAAUGUUAGAAACCCAACAAUGAUUAUUACACAUAGAAUCAAGUUUAUUAUGUGAUAAUUAGCUAAGCAUCUCUUGAUUACUGCAGAUGCCACCAGGACAGAUUCAUCAAAACCUAGUUAUGCAGCAGAUGCCUGGACCUCCACAAGGACAGCCACGCCUACCAAAUCAACAGCCAUUCUACCCAAACCAGCGACCCAUGAGAAUUCCUCGGCAUCAGCCCCAAAAUAAUCAGCCGAUGUACUCUUCACCCCCCGGAGGUCCUCCUAUGGCUGUACAGAUGAUUGGUCCACCUGCUACAACUCAAUUUAUGCCUCAUGGACAGCACCCUCCAUUUAUGACACAACCUGUGAGUGUGAUAAAUGAUUCUUUUCUAACCCAUACUUUCAGUUUGGAGUAUACUUGUUCCAUCCAAAUUUCUGAUGGAUCCAUUUUGUUAGGCAAUUUCACUGCAAUCAUAUAUUUUUUGCCUUGUAACAUGAAUUUUUGCGAGAUUUAAAGCAUUAAUUAUAAUAUGUUCGAACAUAAGUUUCUGAAAUUUAAUAGUGUGUGUGCUAUAAAUAGUCAGCUAAUAGAAUUUUUUGUGGUUUGCAGGUUGAUUUCUCUCUUCCCAUGGGUAACCCAGGGCAAAUGCAGUAUCACCGCCCUCAACAACCAAUGCAAGGACAAUUUGCUCCAGUGUCUGGUCCUUCACAGCCUCAAGGUUCUCCUUAUUUUCAACCGACACCUGUUUACCAGGUGGGACAGCCCACCCCUCCUAUGUACAUUGUUAGAGCUCCUCCAGGGCCCAUGACGGGAAUGCCCCAAUAUCAAACUCAAACAUUUGAGCCUCGUACAAGGGAAAGAAAAAUAAUCCAGAUAAAGGAUCCAAAUAGUAACAAGGAUGUAACACAAGAGAUUCUCAAUCGACAGCCUUCUGGGAGUUUAACAGGAAGCACUGGUGGUACCCCUAAUAACAUUACUCCAGACAUUUCAGGUCAGAGUAGUAGCUCGAGCACCCCACCCUUGACAUUACAGCAGCAAGCUGAGGCAAAUGUCAGGGCACAGUUUGCAGCGCAGGUCGCAGCAACACUAGUUAAUUCAGAAGACAAGCCUAAAAAACCAGAAGUUAUUAUUCAGAAAGCGCCAGUAAAUAAUAAGGCAGUUGUAGAUACUGUUCAAUUAAAAGAGACAACAGCUACACAGAAAAAUGAAGUGGUAAAAGAAACAAGAACGAACCCUACUACUGGGAUAGAUACCCAAGUAGCUGAAAAGCCUGUUGAAAAGCCUCUUGAAACAGAGCCUAAAGAAGUGCUUGUGAAAACGCAGCCUAAAGAAAAACUUAGUGAGGGAGUUUCAGGAGACAUUUCAUUAUGCCCAGUGUCUUUGGUUAGCUCUGUGGAUGCAACUACGUCAGCUAAGGAUAUUAUCCCUAAUGUCAGAGUCGAGAUCUUUACUGCAGAUGAACUACGUAAGAAGGAAGCGCAACAAAUUAGCUUAGCUGCUGAUGGCGAAGUCAAACCUGAAAGACAAGAGAAAUCAGAGGAAACUGCAAAAGAACCUGUUAGUGAUGUGAUGCCUGUCACAGAGACAAAGACAUUAAAUGGACCUGUGGCACUAACCAAUGAGGAGACUGACAAAACAGAAGAAGUUGUAACUGUUGAGAGUCAGCCUGUAGUUGAUACACCACCAGUGCAGGCAAAUGUUGUGGAGACCACUGAACCCACAGAAUCCGCUGUAGAGGUACCUGUUGAUCAACAAGUUAGUGAGACUGAAGUAUCAGCUCAACAAACUGAAGAAUCAGAGGAUUUGCCAACAGCCUCAAAGGUAGAAGAUGCGGUAGCAAGUGAAAAGGUGAAUGGUCUUGAUGGAGAUUUAAAGACAGCUACAGCUGCUCCCAGGAAUACUGUUGAUGCACAAGCAACAGGUUGGUAUCAUCAACGAUGGUGUGCUACUUCGCAAAAGAGCGCUAUGUACACAUGGCUCUCUUGGGUGGGGUGAGGGAUUUCUCCCGGCUUCUAUGAAUAGGAUCCCUGGGUGGGGUAAAUACAACCAAAAGAAAUCCCCAUUUCUUUGAUUCCCCUGUCUGCUUGUUGUAUUUACGUAGCAUCAUGAAAUCUAAGUGAUGGCGCUGACUACUCAUAAAUUACCAGAGAGCGAUUUUUAUUUGACCUUGAAAUACAAAACAAUACACAAACUACAAACAAAUGAUUGGUUUGUUGCAUAGACGCAAACCUCAGUGGCUUUUUAUUGGUUCAGCACUGAAUACAGCUGUAAUCAGUGUAUUCCCAGCUGACAGUAGAUUGCUGGAAAGGAGUUUUCUACAAUGUGGGGAACAGAAACUGGACUGCAGAUUGGACUAUCGAAUGAUGCUUUUUUUCCAUUGUAGGGUUUUCUUUGGUGGCAUAAUUAUGUUGAUCAAUUUCUCUAUUCAAAUUAUCCACUCUAUUCUAGUUAAAACAAUUAAUUUAGAACACUCACAGAAACCAUUUUUCAAGGUCAGAACAAGUACAACAGUAGAGCUUAGAGAUAAGUGUCAGUAUUAGCACUCUUCAAACACAUUACUGAUAUUACUGCUCAAACUGAUUGAUAUAAUAUAUGAGGUACAUGUUAUUGUUCUUGGGCUUUCUCUCUCAUUUUUUUCAUUAAAAGUAUGUAGUAUUUUGAUGGUGGCUUAACAUUUGUUUAAAAUAACUGGUGUUGUUUGAGAAAUGUUUCAAAUGUAAAGAUUGUUCUGUUAUACUUUUCUAGGGCAAACUGCAAAAUCUGCAUGUAUCACAUAAUUUGCUGGUAUUGCUUGUCAACUUGAAUUUGAAUGACAGUUUUAGAAAUGGCCACUUGCAAAUAAUUUGAAUUAUUGCCAUAAUCAAAAUAUGGAAAGAGAAAGAAAAGGAGGCUUAUUAUCAGCAAUUUUUAAGAUGCCUGCAUUAAGUGGGUUAACAUUCGUCAUUUCUGUCUUUUUUGUCAAAGAAAUAAUAUCCUCCUUUUCAUUAUGAAGAAGUAUCAAAUGUAGUCAUGGGAAGCUCCAAGUCCAACACAUUUCUUGAAAAAAUGCACAGAAGCUGUAUAAUCUUUUACUAAACAAAUUGUCUACUUCCUGUUUGGUUGUGCAAAACAAGGCUAUUUUAACGUGACUAAAUGGCAUGUCCAAUGAGGUCACCAAGAAGGUGCACUGCCCAGACAAACAUUCUUUGUCUGUCAUGCUUUGUCUGAUUUAGUGCUGUGUACUAGUGCACUUAGACUUUGUAACACAUACAGCAAGCAAUACCCUACACACAUCCAACAACACACUGAAGAUAUUUAGUAGGAAUGAAUUUUCUCUGUAAGAAUUUUAGUUGUUUUGCUUGUGCCAGUAAUUGCAGCAGAACGUGAGAUGUAAUGGACAUUGAUUAGGAGAAAUGAAUCUUCUUACAAUUCUACAUCUGAGACCUCAUGAAUACCAUAUGAUUUAUUUCAUCAUUGAUUUGAUUCAUAUCAUAUCAGUAUGGAAUCUUUUGGGCCAAAACACAUAUCGCUCUCUGGCAAGUGGAUACAAGUUAAGUUUAUGGGACAGAGAGCUUUGUGUUUAAUAAUUUAUGACUUCUAUUCAUAUUACAAUAACUGCAAGUUCAACACAACAAUAGUGCAUUGUUUGAUUCCUAGAAAACCGGGCCCAGGGUGUGUUGUACAAUUCCCAGAAACAAGAAUGUUGUAAAGAAUGUAAAUUUAGUUUGACUAAAAUAGUGGUUAGAUUUCUAUCCUUGUGUCCUUAAAAGAUGAGUAGGCGUAAAAAGACUCCUAAAGCUUUUGAGGGGCCAAGUAAGUUUCAUUGCCUAAUACCUUGUUUAAUGGUUUCCGUAUUGAGUUGAGUUAGUUGUUUUAUAAUAAGUUGUUAAUCAAUUAUGAUGGAUUAGAUUAUCAAGUCAACUUUCUGCUAGUGUCUAAAUUUACAUGAAUAUAAAUUUCAUCUCUUGUGUACAAUAACCAGACUUCCUUAAAGAUGUGUUGAAGUACAUGUACCUGUACAUUUCCUGCAGGAAAAAAAAUGAAAUUUGCUAGAAUAGAUAUUAGUGAUAUCUCUUAUUGCUGAAUUAGUUUUCAUAGUAGAGCACAAGAAGUAUGACCUCUGCUAAAACAAUCAUUAAGAAAGUAAAGGUAUCUCUCACUUAAAUGGCCACACAGACUCAGAUGUUAUGUCAUAAUAAAGAGAUAUGCAUGGAAGUACUAAUGAGAAGUUAUUACUUAAGUGGUCAUGUACUGCUACAGUAUUUCAUUCAAAAACUCUAAAGUUAAAAAUGUAAAGUGAACAGUCUAGUAAAACUAUAGGAAAGUGCUCGGGUACUUUAAUACGUUGAAAAGAUGUACAGUGGAUUAAUGACCAGUAUAACUGGAAAGUUCUUCUCAAGCAUCUUUCCACUGAGAUUAGGCAACUGUUAAAUAUAUGAAUAGCAUAACACGUGGAAGUAGUUUGUACCAGUUAGUUAGCUUUUCCUGAGUGGUUAAUCCAAUCAAUUGGUUCUGCUAGCCCCAGUAUGGGCAUCAAAUAGAGCAAGUAUCAUAGUGAGGUUUGAGGAACAUAUUUGUAUAAUGACAGUUACUGCUGUAAAAUGCUAUUUAUACUUGUUCGGGUUUUUUUUGUUGGGAUAAUGUUUAAACUCAAAUUUUCAAAAUUUUUAACUAGUUUAUUGCAAGUAAAGUUUUGAAAGGCUGCAAAUAACAGGGUGUAAAGCGUACUUUGUACAAUGUUAUUCAUUAAAAUUACUUUUUAAUCUGUAUUGUUAAUCAUUAAUGUUAUAUUGCUUUCAUGGCUUCAUACACAAGCCAAAAAUUCGAUACCUGCAUUAUAUUUAACCCUGAGGUCAUUGAGUUAUCACAUUCCUUGCUGAGUAUUUCAUGUUCAAAAUUGCGCAAUAUUUCAGCUCUGUGCUCUCCUGUGUAUAUCCUAGCAAGACUCAGAGUUUUCUUCAUCCAUUUGGCAAGUUUUAAGGGUUGCUUGUGCUUGCUGGCAAUAAUUGCCUUUGUAGAUUUGACAUCAGCUACCUCUAUAAGUAAACUUUUCACAAUUGUGCAUAUAAUUAACUGUUAAUGUCAUGCAACCAUGAAAAAUGGCUCAUGAACUUGUGCAUUUCUUCAAAUCCUAAUCAGUUAAUGCCAUUUUGGAGUUUAUUCGGUGAGGUUCUCUCCUCUUUGGUCUGAUGUAAGUUAAUUGCUAUUUUCUUGCAAGUGAAGGUGAUAGUAAUUUCAGUCAGGUAUUGCAUUGAUUUAUAUCGGUAGUGAAAAAUAGUGUGAUAGUAGCUUGAAGGAUAGUGUGUGAGAUAGCAGGUUGUGGAAGUUGUUGCACCAGUAUCAGACAUCUGUGGUAAUUAAUAUAUGUUGUGUGCUUUGUUAAAAUAUGAUGACCUUAAAAUGUCUAGUUUUGCUUACCUUCCUGUUUGCAUUUUGAAAGCUACUUAGCUGCAUUGUUUUAUUGCCUUUUAAUGUGCUUCACAGCUACCUCAGUGACAGUUUUCAAAUUCCUCUCUGUCUUCUCGCUAUGCGGUACAUUCCUCAAGUAAUUGGAAAUGUAAUUUAUAAGCUUCAUGAAACAUACCCAGAUUAUAGAGAAGUCUUUAACUUUGUAAGCUUACUUGUUAAAACUGAAAUCUUCUAUAACACUAACUUGAAACAGUGCAUAAGUUUAGAACAGAAUUAAAAUCAAUCUUAAUUUUAUCACAUUUGAUAUGCAAUUCACUUUACAGUAUGCCAGUUUAUAGUUUAUCUGUUUGUCAGUUAAAAUUUUGUUUUGUAUUUCCUCAUGAAACUUUAAAAGUGGCAGUAGGUGUUAUACUUUUGCAACUUGUCCAUUCAUACAUAUUUGUACAGUAAGGUUCAUGAAAAUAAAAAAAUAAUUUGCCUGCUUCAAAGGGGAUUAUCCGUUGCCUGUCAGUUUUGAAGAUUUCUGACAGCCUCAGUCUCUGAAAACCUGAACAAGGGAUCUUAUAAUUUCCUUCAAAAUGUCCAUUCCUAAAAGUAGCAAUAUUUAUUGCAGAAACUUGCUACUUGUAACUUGUAACCUUACUUUGAUUUUAUUCUUGUGUCCAUUAACUUAGUAAUUAAUCUACCAUUACAUUUUUUUAAAUAAUUGCAGCUAAAGAUAUGAAGAAGAAAAAACAGAAACAUCGUUUGAAGGAAAUAGAAAAGCGAUCCUCCGAGAAGGGAAUGGAUCUGAUGGAAGCUUACACAGAAAAGCCGGCCCAGGAGGAGGUAUAUUGUUGUCAUGAAAAAAGAAAUUCUCUUGUUUUGUCUCCAGUUAUUGAUCUCUACCCAGGGUUCAUGCUGAGUAUUGAAUUCCUGAGAAAAAAAAGUGUUGAAAUUUGCAAACUGGUGUUCCAGAUGUGGAUAAACUGUGUCCAGAAAAUAAACUGUAAUAGUUUGGAUUUUUCUCUUUCCUUUUUCAAAAAUGACAUUCGGUCGCAAAGUGAAAAUUUUCAGAACUCUCUGAUGUCUUGUAUUGUAAUGUGAUUAAUGUACAUCAGUGGUACAUCACAAGUAAAGUUUGGUUCCUGCAUUUGUAGAGGUUACUAUCCAACUGGUUCUCUGAAAAUGCUAAGCCUGGCAAAAGAAUUAUGUAUUGUGUUGGAAAAAUUCUUGAAUUGAUUUUACAUCUAAAAAUCUUUUUCAUUGUGGUGAAAAGCUCUGUUGGAAGCUAGUUGGGAUGUUCUUUGGUCACUAUGCUGCCAAAAAAGAAACAAAACUGUCCAAAAGGUUCUUUAACUCCUGUUCCUGAUCCUUAUUUAGAGCUUUAGAACAGACUGCUUUUUCUUGCUGGGAAUUAAUUUUAGCGAUUUUCAGAAAGUACCCAGUGCCCAGCAUUGAUAAUAUUUUCGUUUUUGUUAAGUACAUGCAAUAGAAAUAAUAUUUUUAAACAAUACUACGGUAUCCGUAUCUUAUGUAAUUUAACAGACACAGUUUCCUAGUACUACAUUUUGUGUAGCAAAUUUAAGUUAGAGAAAAUUUACUCUGGAGUAAAUUUUUGCGGGAAAAAUGGUUGCGGUAAUUUUUAUUUGCGGGAACUUAUUUUUGUGGAUUGCUGGAAAUUUAAUUAGAACCCGCAAAAAUUUCAUGCCACACAGUAUUCUAAGGGUCCCCCAUUAUCAUUAAUAGACAGUACGAGUGGCACGAGAUUUUCAUGGGAAUAUUCUGGUCAACUCUCCAUUUUUUGUGUGUUCUCUACUCAUUAGACUGAAUUGUGCUCACUCCAAUAUGUUUUGAUAUAUCCCUUCUCCCUGUUUAAGGUCGGUGUCAAAGUUGUCUAUGACUAUAAAAACUGAUACUGUCUCAAACAAUACAUGGGAAGUGGAUCCUUAGAGGCAGUUGAGGUUUGAGUGGGUCAAAGAAAAUGUGUUAAACAGAUUUUAUUCGUCUUAAAUUUUGGUAGCUUCUGUCCACCUUGAGCUGAGCUUAACUGAAAGUUUGUUGGUGCUCACUCUUACAAGCUCAUGUUUUGUUGGUGAAUUUGAAAAACUUUAAAAACCUGGGUUGGGUUGCCAAAAAAAAAAACAUCUUGAGAUGGAUGGCACCCGUAACUAUUAUUUCAAAACAAUAGGUCAUUGUUUCAGAACAAAAGCUAGGAGCCCUCUUUUAAGAAAGUUUUUAUGCAACCCGGCCGUGGACUACAUAAUUAUGAUUAAAAUCAAUGAAACUAGGAAGGAAUGAGAUUAUUUUGAGUGAUUUAUGUUUUGAAUGGGAUAGGCACCUGGUGAAAUUGAAGAGCCAGCUACUGAAGAAACAACACAGACACCUCAAGAAGAAGCAGGUGAAGAGGAGCAGUCUGAAGAGGAGACAUGGGAAGAUAAAGAAGGUAGUAAAACAUUAUUAAAAUGACAUUCAUAGGAAUCCAUCAUGACCCUGAGCAUUCAUUUAUAAUUGAGACUUGAAUAUCUUCUAAAGCUUUCAGCCAAUCAGGAAAGAGGGUGAUUUCCAGAAACGGCAGAUGAAAUCAGCAAACUUAAGUGUUGAGUAAAAAGAGUCUAACUAAUGGUAGAAGCUCGAGGUGUUUGUGAUGCUCUGAGUGCUCUGAGGUGAUAGGCUCCUCACCUGACGAAUCCCCUCAAACUACAUUAAAUUACCCAAGUGGAUCUGUGAGUCUUGGUGUGCAAAGAAAGUAGUGUCUGAUAGCCUGGGACUUGUGGAUGUUGCUGCUGGGCUAGUGAAUUCUGUUCUUACGGUACCACUCAAAAGUUAGUUAACAGUCACUUUCGUCUUAAACCUCGAGACUCAAGACUUGAUUCUCGAUUCUCAAAACUUUGGAGGAUGGAGUCUAAUGUCUCGAGGAUCGAGUUUUGAGUUUCAAAUUUUGAGUCAAGAAAUAUUAUGAACUUGUCGUGGGAACGCACUCUUUAAAAGUGUACACUUACCUGGUCCUGGCGGUCAUCGAGUAAACUUUGAGUGUAAUUUACCCUCUUCUUGUUUUGUUGUGCAAGGGUAUAAUUCUUUAAUUCUGAUGAUGUUAUUAAGGUUUACAACGUUUACAAUUAACGUAAAUUGUAUAUGUUGCGAAAAAGGUAAGGACAAAACUGUUUUUGUUACAGAAAAUUUCUGGAGUCAAAGUGACUCCCUCCAUAACCCCUGUGGAGUCAUCUGAACAAUUUUGGCAUAAAAUACGCCAAAUUUGGUGUAUUUGUGAACCCUGCACAAUCAAUCAAUUUAUAUCUAAGUGCAUGUUUGCUUGCUUGAGUUACUCCCCUCACGUACUGUAAUGUUUAAAUCAAGUAGUUACCCUGUAUCUGGCACAGCAUUUAAGUACCAGUAAUCUUGUACAUUUUGUUAUAAUCUAUAACUUAUUAUAGACAGUACCUUAGAACUAUAGAUGUAUUCCCUUUGGCCAGUAAGUAAUAUUUAAGUGGGGGCGAGUGAGAACAGAAAUUUACUCGCCUGCUGGGCAAGUGGAUUUAAAAUUUCCUGCCCUGCCAUCUUUAUAAUAGCAAAUUCUCAUUGUAAGCGCUCCUUGAAAAGUUAUUUGGAGAACUUUCAUGUUUAUAGUAGGGUCUAAAGGGGUUAUUGGAGUUGGGGAAAUUAUUAUAACAAAUUCUGGGCUUGUUUGAUUACAUUUUUCAUUUCUUUCCUGUAGAAUCUUGGUCCCCUGAAAUUGAUGGGGAAACUGAACCAUCACGCCCAGAAGGAGGAAAGCUCACAUAUGAGCGAGAUUUCCUGCUACAAUUCCAGACCAAUCCUUUAUGCCAGAUAAAACCAGAGGGGCUACCAGAUUUAGAAGUUGUCCUUGGUCAAGCCCGAACCCCUUCAAGGUCGGGCUUUUCACAAAACAGGUAGUAAAACCAGAUGUUCUACUCAGUUUGCUGCAUUUCCAAAGUGUUCAUAAAUCAUUUGAAAAUUAAAGUUAAGAUAAAGUGAAAGUAUAUUUUGAGUAUUUUGUGAUGUGAACUUUUUUGUGGUAGG